AUGAGUAAAAAUCAAUUUCUUCUAUUUGAUCAUUUGAACAAAUUAGAGUUAUUUAAGCUAAAAUCUUUUGAAAUGUUGGAGACUAAAUCAUUUAGUGAUUAUAUGGCUUUAUUAGAAGUUGUUACACAUGUAUCAACACUUGAGAACAUUGAAAUAGAGAGAGUAAUAGAUUGGUUAAAAUUUAAUAAAGUAGAAGAAUUACACUGUGAUAAAUCAUACGAAGCUUAUAGAACUAUUUGUAAAGAGAAUAAGAUUGAAAUUAUCACAGAUAAAACAAAUAACAUAAUGAGAGGAAUAAGACAGAAUAUUCAAAAAAUUUUAAAGAAAUCUGAUGAGAAGGCUUCUAUUUUAAAAUAUGCUUAUGAUUUUUCAAGAAAAGCUGUUGGUGAACUCAGAAAUGACAUGUACUCCGUUCAUUUAGCUUAUGAAAUUCAGACAAUUGAAAGAGAGAUUGAAUCAAUAGAAAAAUUAUUAAUUGGAAAAGAAGAUUUUAUUUUAAAUGAAGAAACAAACAAAUUUGAAAGAAUCGAAAUUAAAGAUUCUUCUGAUUUGACAGUAAAAAUUUUAAAUGAGAAAAGAACUUUAUAUAACGAACUAAAAGAGAAAUUAAAUGAAAAGAUCAAUCAAAUAGCACCUGAAUUAAGAAAAGUAAUUGGAAAUGAUAUUUUAGUGAGCAAAAUGAUACAUAAAGCAGGUGGUUUGACUAAUCUUGCCAUACUUCCUUCAUCAACCCUCCAGUUGUUAAAGGCAGAAAAAUCUUUAUUUAGAGCACUCAAAUUUAAAAAGCCCACACCUAAAUAUGGAACUGUUAUUUAUGAGGCUUUAACUAAAAGUGAUAAGAAAUUAAAUUCAAGACAAUUAGCUAAUGCUGCAGCAAUUGCUGUAAAAAUUGAUGUUUUUUCAAAUAAAGAUUAA